AUGGACAGCCCAGCAAACGACAUUGAAGGAGUCAUCAAGACGCUCUGCAUGGGCAGCGCCCACGAGCAGGACGAGGCGCUGAACAAGUACUUUUUGCCCGACGCCGAGUUCAUCCACCCGCUCUGCUGGGUUCCGCGCUUUCGCAACGUCGCGGUUCCUUUUUUCGGAAGCAUCGAUUCGCUAUGGCUGGUUCAGUGCAUUUACCGCUGGUACAUUACCUUUGCGCCCAAGCUGGACAUUGUCGUCGACUCUACCGCCUUUGACGAAAAGAACAGCCUCCUCUACGCGACCGCCCGACAGAGCUUCACGAUAUGGUUCUUCCCCAUCUACUCCGUCACCGUCAAGCUCGUGACGGUGCUCAAGCUCGAGAAGCAGCACUCGCGACUCGUCCACGAUGGGAACACAAGCCCGGAGCUCGAAGCCGACGGUGACAGCACCAACGGCGCAUCAAUGCUGAAAUACUACAUUGCCAGCCAGGAGGACAUGUACCAGAUGAACUACUGCCUCGAGUUUCUGGGGCCGCACGUCGCAGCCCGGCUGUGGACGCUGGUGCAGCUGUUCACGACCUUUGUGUGCAUGAUUCUGUCGGUGCUGACGCUGCCGCUGCACUUUUACAUGAACCCAGAUACCAAGAGGCAAAAGGUGAAGCAGUAG